AUGAAUGAAGACAACGCCCGUUUCUGCCUUCUGGCUGGGCUCAUCUUACUCUACUUAUUAUGUGGGGCUGCCAUCUUCUCAGCCCUGGAGCACCCCUUUGAGCUGCGUGCCCGCCGCCUCUGGAAACAACAACUGGACAACUUCACCCAGCGGUAUAGGGUCAACCUGGGUGCCCUUCAUACUCUGCUGAGACAGUACGAGGAGGCAAAUGGAGCUGGGAUCAGAGUGGAUGCGCUGAGGCCCCGAUGGGACUUUUCCGGAGCUUUCUACUUUGUGGGCACUGUGGUCUCUACUAUUGGAUUUGGCAUGACCACACCAGCGACCAUCGCUGGAAAAAUAUUCUUGAUCUUCUACGGUCUCAUUGGCUGUGCUGCCACCAUCCUCUUCUUUAACCUCUUCCUGGAGAGGAUCAUCACGAUGCUAGCUUACAUCAUGCGCUGGUGUCAUGAACGUCGGCUGAGGUGUGGUGGGGUUGGGGUGAUGUCGAGCAGGGAGGAGACAUCUGGCGAGGAGGACAGCCUGGAAGGCUGGAAACCAUCAGUCUAUUAUGUUAUGCUGAUCCUGGGAAUAGCAUCAAUCGUGAUCGCCUGCAGUGCCUCCACCCUGUACUGCACCAUGGAGAACUGGAGCUACGUGGACUCCCUCUACUUCUGCUUCGUGGCCUUCAGCACCAUUGGCUUCGGGGACUUGGUGAGCAGUCAGAGACAGCAGUAUGAGUCCCAGGAAGCCUACCGGCUCGGGAACUGCCUUUUCAUUUUAAUGGGAGUAUGUUGUAUCUACUCACUUUUCAAUGUCAUUUCUAUUGUCAUAAAGCAAACUCUCAACUGGAUUCUGGGUAAGCUGCCGAUCUCAUCCCACUGCCCUGCAGGAAGACGCGGCUACACAGACGGCUCAGUGGAGACAGUGUGUGACAGUGAGACGGAGGCAGGUGCAGUGGCUGAUGGGGUAUACAUGGGCCGUCGUCUGUCAGGAGAGAUGAUCUCUGUCAAUGAAUUCAUGGUGUCCAAUAAGGUGUCUCUGGCACUGCUGCAGAAGCAGCUGAGCGAAACAGCUCAUCAGGGCCCACGGCAGAGCUACGGCCAUCAGAAUGGAUUCUCUGGUGGAGUAGGGGCCUUGGCCAUUAUGAAUAAUCGCCUACAAGAAACCAGUGUGGAUAGAUAG